CUACCGCGCUCUUAUGCAAAGACCUCCUCUCGUUAGCCUAAGCCUCUUCUCUCCCACCCCUCAUUUCGGGACCGCCCAAGCCUGCAGCAUCCAUAACUGAAAGUCGAUAGCUCCAGGCCGCUAUUAGCGCCCCUGAAAGCUGCUCAAAGAGCUUGGGAGCGGCACAAUCGAUCCCAUUUCCGCUCGAAGACGGAGGACUUGUGGUGCUAAGCAUCUCAUUCAAGUGAUCACGCUAAAGGACUGCCAUAAUGUCGCGAACGCGCAAGCGGAUCGAGGAUGAUGAGGAGGAGGCUUUCGACGACUCAGGCGAUGCUUCGAGCUCAAAGAACAAGAGGAAGCGUCGAGAACCGCUGUCCUCCAUAGGAAAUGGACACUUGGAAUCUGCUUCACCUGAUGAGGCCGCUAUCAAGUCUGAUGACGACGAUGAAGAGCAUGAUCAGGUGGAGCCCGAUGCGCCAGCACCAUCUUUCGGCAAGCCCAAAGUCAAAGGCCGAGAGCAGGCAGAGGGAGCGUUACAUAGCGAUGUAGCAUCAAAUGCCAACCGCAGCGCAUCAUUCGACGAGGAAGAGGAGGAAGGCUUGGAGGAAGAGGGCGACGAUGACGAGGGCAGCGACGAUGAUGUGCAGGUCCGUUCAGCUCAAAAUUGGCAGGCAUCUCAUGGCAAGAACGUGGCUGAGAUGGGCGUCAUUGAGAAGGUAGAGCUCACAAAUUUCAUGUGCCACAAUCGCCUCACUGUGUCGCUGGGCCCACAAACCAACUUCAUCAUUGGUCAUAACGGAAGCGGUAAGAGCGCCAUCUUGACGGGCAUCACCAUCGCGCUUGGAGGCAACGCAUUAUCGACUGAUAGGGGCAAGAGCCUCAAGAGCUUCGUCAAGGAGGGCAAGACUGGCGCCAUCGUGGAGUUGACGCUGAAGAACAGAGGGAGCGAAGCCUUCAAGCCGGAGGAGUACGGCAGAUCAAUCAUCAUUGAGCGUCGCAUCAACGCUGAUGGAGGUGGCGGCUGGAAGAUCAAAAGUGCAAAAGGUCGUGUCGUCAGCACCAAGCGCGACGAGCUCAAUGCCCUAUGCGACCACGCCAAUAUUCAAGUGGACAAUCCUCUCAAUGUGCUCAGUCAGGACCAAGCUAGACAGUUCCUCUCAGACUCCCGCACCUCGGAAAAAUACCACUUCUUUCUGCGAGGGACCCAGCUCACGCAGCUAGCCCACGAGUACUCUGUCAUUCAGUCUAACAUCGAGAAGAUCGCUGUCGUGGUCAAGCAGAAAGAGGAAGUCGUACCCGACCUUAAGAAUGCCGCUGCUGAAGCGAUCGCCCGCUAUGAGGCUGUGAAGAAGCAGCGCGAGCAGCACGCGCGUUUAGCAGAAAUCAAAGACUUGAUCGUCUGGGCAAAAGUGGCGGAGAAGGAGAGGCGCCUCGAGCAAGCUGUACAUGCUUUGAUAGACGGCGAGAAGAGGCUGGGCAAGCAAGAAGCUAAGUUGCAGGAGGCACAGAAUGCCCUCGAGCAAGCGAACAAUGAGAUCAGUGAUUUGGAGGCCCUCUUGAACGAGGACAAGGACCGGGAAGCUCCUCUCGUUGAGCAAGUGAAGCGGUUGCGCGAGCAAAUGAAAUCACAUAGGGCGGAUAUGAAGGGCGUUAAAGCUCAAGAGCAGCAGCUGAAUGACCAAUUCAGCAGGCAGACGGCUGUGAUUGAAGAUCUGCAGGUUCGCAUUGAGCGCGAGGCUCAACGCAUGUCUGAUGGCAAUCGUGCUAAGCGAAAGGAGCUCGCACACACCUUGCAAGAAGCCGAGGAUGGUCGAAAGGAAACGGAAAGGCGACAAGUCGAGCUGAACGACGAGCUGCGCCAAUUGCAACAGACUAUUGGAGCUGCAGCGCAGCGGGAAACAGAGGCGAAGGGCCGCCAGGACGCCCUGCGACGGCAAGUAGAUGAGGCUGCCUAUUUGUGCCAAAGGCUUGGGCAGGCCCGUGGCAACCGCAUGGUAGCAUAUGGCGCGAAUGUCCCGGCAUUGGUGCGCGCCAUUGAGGCCGAGAAAAGAUGGCGUGUCAGACCCGUCGGUCCAAUCGGACUGCACCUCAAGCUCAAAGAUAUGUCCUGGGCUCCCGUACUUGAAAGCGUCAUCGGCAAUACACUGAAUGCCUUCUGUGUCACCAACCACGCCGAUCGUCAACUCUUGGAGCAAAUCAAGCAGCGAACAGGCAACGCAACUAUUCCGACCCUAACUAUGAGGGACACUGCGAUUGACUUCUCGUCGGGAGAGUCAGACCCGGACGUCCGCACAAUUCUGCGCGUGCUCGAUAUCGACAAUGACUUUGUCUUGCAUCAGCUGGUAAAUGCUGUCCACAUCGAGAGGAGCGCUCUGGUAGAGCGCCGUGUUGACGGUGAUGCUUUGAUGCGAAGCGGCAAACGAAACGUGCACGUGUGCUUCUCGAAGGACAUGUUCCGAAUUUCAGGCGGUCAGAAAGGGUCUUCCACACAGACACUUAAUGCUCACACUGGUCCAAUGCGCCUUUCGGCCAAUGUUGAAGCGCAGCUUAGCAUCGCCAAGAAGAAGCAAGCUGAAGUUGAUCAGCAGCUGCAACAAGCAAAUGCAGAGUUGCGCACCGCUGUCGACGAAUUGAAGAAGUUGGAAGCUAGACGAGUCGCUAUUAAGCGCGAGAUACCAACACUGGCCAAACAAGCGCGAAAGCACGCAGAAGACGAGCAACGCAUCAGCGAUCAGAUGCGAGAAGAUCAACCCAGCAGCGUAGCUGCGCUCGAGCAAGCAAAAGAGGAAGCCAAAGAACAGCUGGAAAACAUUAAGCAGGAAUUCUCUACGGUACAGGUCCGCAAAGAGGGGAUUGAAGGACAGUUGCAACCUCUUGAAGAAGAGAUGGACGCUGCAAAGAGCAAGCUCGAAGAGUUCGAGGAGGAGCGUCGCUCAACCAUGCCGCGCAUGACUGCAACUGUGCAGGGCCGCGUGGUGGCUCAGAAGAACAUGCAACACUGGGAGAAGGAGAUCCGCGUCCAGAAAGGGAACAAUGAGCGAUUGAGCGAAGCUAGCUUGCAGGUCCAAGAGCAAGUCGACGUGUUGACCGCGCAGGCUUCUGAAGUCGCCCCAGACCGUCCUGAAAUAGAGCUCACGGCGGAUGAGUACAUACGUCAAGCGGAUGCGUUGGAGAAGAAUUUGGAGCGGGCUCGAAGAGAGACCGGUCACAGCGUCGAGUCAGUCAUUGCGGAUGUGAAUGCUGCAAAGCGCGCGCUCGAGAGCGCGCAAAGUGAGCUGGCCGACUUCAAGCUUGCCGUCAAGCACUUGAGUGCCGCGAUCACGUUGCGACAAGAGACGUGGACGUCGUUUCGGAGAAGCAUCGCGUCGAGGGCCAGAGGUCUCUUCACCCACCAUCUGGCCAUGCGGGGCUACACUGGCUCUCUCGACUUCGACCAUAAGGGCGAGAAACUUCAUCUCUUGGUACAAACUGAGGACUCGACGCAGAAACGAGAUAAGGACCCGAAGUCCCUUUCUGGAGGCGAGAAGUCCUUCUCCACGAUUUGCCUCCUGCUCUCGCUUUGGGAAGCGAUUGGCUGCCCUAUCCGAUGCCUGGACGAAUUUGAUGUGUUCAUGGAUGCCGUCAACAGGAAAAUCUCGAUGAAGAUGAUGAUCGAUGCCGCAAAGUCCACUCAGGGCGUUCAGUACAUCCUCAUUUCGCCACAAAGCAUGGCGAGCGUCACCCUCGGAGAAUCGACUCGCGUCAUCAAGCUGCAAGACCCAGAGCGUAACCAGACGACUCUCACAUAGAUCUUGGCUUUGAUUCGGCUUCCAAAGAGCUUCUCUUGUCACCCACGCUUUCCCACGCUUUCCAUUGAUCCAAUCAACCGUUGUACAUUGCAUUGACAUACACGACCCCGAAUACGAUCGUGGUAUACGAUG